GGGAGCAGAGAGAGAGUGCAGUACAGAGGGGGGUCUUGCAAAUGAUCUGGAAUGAGGGACAAAACAUGGGAUUAUGACAGCCAGUGGUUGUGUUUGUGCAAUACCCUUGAAUCGUUCUCUGUUUUCCUCUGAGUUGGAAGCAAAAUGGUGUAUGAGGAGUCGCAGAGAAAUUGUUUUUACACCAGUUAGGUAGUGAAGAGUAUGUAGUGAGAGUUUGGAACGAAGAUGUUUAAAACUAAACCAAGAUAGACCCACAGCCCGUCGUUUCAAAUGGGGACAAAUGAGUCAUAGUGGGCAGAACAAGCAAGGACGAGUUAGCGAGAUCCAAUUGGCGCGGUCUAGUAUAUAUUUUUGCAUAUUCCCAUUAGGGAACGCAUAAUCUGAAGUAAGCGUGUACAAUAACUAAUUUGCCCUUUCACGCCUUCUAAACAACGCAAUUUUCGGGGAAAACUUGGACAAAGGGUAAAAUCUAUCAAACUAAAUCCACUCUGUUAAGUCAAAAAGGUAUUCAGAUCAAAUGUUUCAUCGAUGAGGUAAAUUAGCAGGAUAUCGGCCAAAAUCCCAUCUCGUUCUAUCUUCUCCCACUGCAAAGUCUCUCGGCUUCUCCUCUACCAUAUUUGGUAGUGAGCGGAAACGCCAAGCGGAUGCUUCUCAUUUAUACAUGUGGUGAAAUAUCUGUGUCGUUAUUCUAUCUGUGGUUGGAAGUAGUCUGUUGCUGAAGAAGGAAAACAAUAUGGCGGCGGUGGAGCUAGACUGGAUCCCUGAAACACUGUACAACACUGCUAUAUCUGCAGUGGUGGACAACUAUAGUCGAUCUAGAAAGGACAUUCGCUCCCUUCCUGAAAAUAUACGGUUUGAUGUGUAUUAUAAGCUAUACCAACAGGGCCAGCUAUGCCAGCUGGGAGGGGAGUUCUGUGAGCUUGGGGUUUUUGCCAAAGUUCUACGAGCUUCUGACAAAAGACACCUGCUACACCACUGUUUCCAGGCCCUGAUGGACCAUGGAGUGAAGGUGGCCUCUGUCCUGGCCAACUCCUUCAGCCGUCGCUGCUCCUACAUUGCAGAGUCAGACGCCCACGUCAAAGAGAAGGCCAUUCAGUUCGGCUUCAUUUUAGGUGGCUUCCUGUCUGACGCAGGCUGGUACUGUGAUGCAGAGAAGGUGUUCCUGUCGUGCCUGCAGCUGAGCACGCUCCACGACGAAGUGCUGCACUGGUACCGAGCUGUGGAGUGCUGCGUCAGGCUGCUCCAUGUCCGUAAUGGGAACUGUAAAUACCACCAGGGAGAAGAGACAUUCAAGCUGGCCCAGUCCUACGUGGACAAACUAGCCAAACACGGCCACCACGCCAACAAAGCAUCCCUGUAUGGAGAGCUGUGUGCCUUGCUCUUUGCCAAGAGUCACUACGAUGAGGCCUACAGGUGGUGUAUAGAAGCCAUGAAGGAGAUCACAGAGGGUCUGCCUGUCAAAGUGAUGGUGGAUGUCCUCAGGCAAGCCUCCAAGGCCUGUGUUGUGAAGAGGGAGUUCAGGAAAGCCGAACAGCUGAUUAAACACGCUGUGUUUCUGGCACGGGAGCAUUUUGGACAAAAGCAUCCCAAAUACUCAGACACUCUUCUGGACUAUGGCUUCUACCUCCUGAACGUAGAUAACAUCUGCCAGUCAGUGGCCAUCUACCAGACGGCUCUGGACAUCAGACAGUCUGUAUUCGGGGGGAAGAACAUCCACGUAGCGACGGCUCACGAAGACCUGGCUUACUCCUCCUAUGUACACCAGUACAGCUCAGGGAAAUUUGCCAACGCUCUAUUCCAUGCAGAACGUGCCAUAGACAUCAUAACUCACAUUCUCCCUGAAGACCAUCUACUACUGGCCUCCUCCAAGAGGGUCAAAGCUCUGAUCCUGGAGGAGAUCGCCAUCGACUGCCACAGCAAGGAGACGGAGGAACGCCUGCUGCAGGAGGCCUAUGACCUGCACCUGUCCUCUCUGCAGCUGGCCAAGAAAGCCUUCGGAGAGUUCAACGUCCAGACAGCCAAACACUACGGAAACCUGGGACGGCUCUACCAGUCCAUGAGGAAGUUCAAGGAGGCUGAAGAGAUGCACAUCAAGGCCAUCCAGAUCAAGGAGCAGCUUCUGGGGCAGGAGGACUAUGAGGUGGCUCUGUCUGUGGGUCAUCUGGCCUCGCUCUAUAACUAUGACCUGAACCAGUAUGAAGAUGCUGAGAGACUCUACCGACGGUCCAUCUCCAUCGGUAAGAAACUAUUCGGCGAGGGCUACAGCGGUCUGGAGUACGACUACCGAGGGCUGAUCAAACUCUACAACUCAGUAGGGAACUAUGAGAAGGUGUUUGAGUAUCACAACGUCCUGUCCAACUGGAACCAGCUCCGGGAUAGGCAGUUUGCUGUGGCGGACGCCCUAGAGGAUGUUAAUACUAGUCCCCAGCAGACACAGGAAGUGGUACAGACCUUCCUACUGGCCCAGAGCUAUGGGCCUUCACGAGCCUGCCUGGGCUGAGACACACACACACACACAGCAAGAAGCAUCCAGGAUGGGACUGGUUCACCAGCCCCCCUCACACCAAUCCCAGGAGCUAACUAUUUAUUUGACUUCUCUGAGAAGAGAACAGAGAUAAAAAAAGAGUUAUGUUUCAUCAUGGAAAUCUCACAAACCGCCACUUUUUUAUUUUAUUUUAUUUUUUAAAGUUAAUUUUCUUACUUUUGUCUUUUUUGGGGGGGGGGGGGGGGGGAUUUGUAUCUGAACCAGUGUAGCUCUGACCACCAGGAGAAUACACUGUCUCACUGUCACUCUCUCUCCGUAGGAGACAUGGAAUAAUACCCUACUAUAUUAUUUUGUCACCUCAGCCCCCUCGUCGUAGUCAACGGCCAGGGGAUAGUGCGUCGUUUAGGACACAGACUGAGAAAUGUUUUUACCUAGGUGUCACCACAAAGGUAGGACAAUUUAAACUAAAAUGUGCCAUGAUCUAUAUACACGUAUACACACCAUGACUGAUAGGGGGCGCUGUGUUCAAGUCACGUGCCAAUAACAUGGCACUCCCCAACCAUUGUAAAAAAAAAAAUUGGAGGCUAAAGAAAUGCAUUAAUGUCUACAUUUUGUUUUUGCCACAGUUAUUCAAUUAAACACCUUAAUAAUGCAUACCUUUUUAAAUUAUGAGAUAAAAAAAAAGUUAUAUACUUUGUUUUAAGUUCUAAUGUUACUGUCCCCACUACAACAAAAUUCCUAAAUAUGUGAUUUUUGUCCUUGAGAGACAUUGUUCAUUGAAAUACUGAAGAAUUCCAUUCAUUCCUAUGGAGGACUGCUGCCUCUGUACUAAUAUGGAGGACCAGUGGCUUCAAAAGCCUCUCAUUGGCCAAUACACAGCAUCUAUACAUCAUUGGCCAAUACACAGCAUCUAUACAUCAUUGGCCAAUACACAGCAUCUAUACAUCAUUGGCCAAUACACAGCAUCUAUACAUCAUUGGCCAAUACACAGCAUCUAUACAUCAUUGGCCAAUACACAGCAUCUAUACAUCAUUGGCCAAUACACAGCAUCUAUACAUCAUUGGCCAAUACACAGCAUCUAUACAUCAUUGGCCAAUACACAGCAUCAGCAAUCCAGCGUUUUUUUUAUUUUCUUCUAUACAUCAUUGGUCAUGAGCUUGUUGUGACUAAUACAGUGAACAAUAUUGUGGGUUUAACCCAUCAGUUUGUUGUGUUCUAUAACAAACACUUCAGUUCCUUUUUACAGAUUUAACUCUGGUCCUCAAGUAUGGGAGGUCAUUAUUUGUUGAAGGAUGGAUUUGACUUUUAAAUUAUUUGUUUAUUUCAUUAGUACUUUUAGACCAUUUGUUGGAGGGGGAUAGUAAUCAGUGGGUUUAAUGUUACUCUAGUCACAUUACUUUUUAUUUUGUUUCAUUUAUUACUUUCCAUGCAGUGUAGUUCUGACAUAGCUUAAUUUAAAUUACAAUAUUAUAAUUUAUAUGCAGUUUUUUUUAAUAUAUAUUUUUUAAGCCCAAUACUAUGAUUUCAGAAGGAUGAGCCAAAUUGAUUUGUGACCUAAGGUGGGAGACCAGUGUCCUCUCAGCACCACCCUGCAGCCUCAAAAGGUUUCCGCCCCCCCCCCCCCCCCCCUCUAUUUACAUUGGAGUGCGUUUACAAGUAAUCCCCCCUUGCCUGCCUCGUCAGAACCAUAUUGGAAGUGUGUAGGGGUUGACAUUGGGUUAAAUGCCACAGACUUUUUUUUUUCUCGCUUUUGCUAGAUUACAUGUCACACCUUUUGUCUAACUGUGGAGUCGAUGUUUAUUUUUUUCUUCAGAUAUUUUUUAAUUUUUUUUUUUUGAAUAACAAAAAAAAAGGCUUGACCUCUCCCUCCCUCUAGGUACCUGGAUGUCUGUUUUUGUGCUCGUAGUGUGUCUGCCGGAGGCAGUGUUACUACUGUCUGCCCCGCGCUGAAGUCCAAGCCUUAGCCCUUAAAGGACACCCAGCUGCAGCAGUGCACUGACCUUCUCAGGCUCCAACUACUCAUCUUUGUACACCUUCUAUGCUUGCUACUAACCCCCCACUCCCCCUCCAACCCUCCUUUUCUUGUAACAACCUGACAGGCUGUCUGUAGGAAAAGCAUAAGACUUCACCUCAAUACCUUAACUAUUGGAGUAGACAUUACAGUACCUACCUGCCAGGGACCAUUUGACCAACAGGUAAUUAACCUUUUUUUAAUUUAACUAGGCAAGUCGGUUCAGAACAGAUUCAUAUUUACAAUGACGGCCUAGGAACAGUGGGUUAACGACUGAUUUCUACCUUGUCAGCUCGGUUGAUUUGAUCUAGCAACCUUUUCGGUUAUUGGCACAACGCUCUAACCACUAGGCUACCCUGCCGCCUCCAUAAUGCUGCUACAAGGUCUCAAGUGACCAACUGACCACUCUCUUUCUCUCUAGAACUAAACAUCUAUUCUAGAACUAAACAUCUAUUCUAGAACUGUGGAAGGAAUGAAAUAGAAUGCACCCGGACCAUAUUAUAGACACCUUUUUGGAAUGUGUGUGCGGGAAGACCUUUUUUUUAUUUUUUUAUAAAGAUGUGUGUGUAUCAUGUGACAAAAUAGUGGUGGUCCACAAUGUGACCUGCUGUGUUUUUUGAAAGGGAACAGGAGACCAGCUGGGUUGAGGAGAGGGUGUGUGGGGGAAGGGGACUUCCUGGUUUGAUAAAGAUGGUUGAUGAGUGUAAAGGAAAAAGAUAAAUAAAUAAAGAGUGGAAGUACAGUU